AUGCCCAAUCCCGACACCCCGCCGCUGCAGCAAGCUAUGUCUGCCUCAUCGAAGAGGUUGCUCGCCAAUGUCCGCAGGAUUAUUCCACCCAUGUUAGAGAAGUUUCACAAAGGCCAGCUUGGACGUGUCGCGGUCAUCGGGGGAAGCCCAGAGUGUGUAGCCCUUGUGAAACCUCUUUUGUUCCCUAAAACUAUACCGGAGCUCCAUAUUUCUCCGCAAUGGCAUCUGCAAGACUUGGUAUAUCUACCCCCCUUUACCCAGGCAUUCCUGUUCCUUUGGCUAAAAGGCGCUCCGGAAUUGCAUACAUUUCCGCUAACUCAAUUCUCCAAAUUUCUAAUAAUAGGGUGUGAUAUGAGCCAUGUCAUCUGCGAACCAUCCGCAGCAACAGUAAUAAAAAGCUACUCACCAAACUUGAUGGUUCAUCCAAUCCUUCAAUCAUCCACCACACUCUCUGCAUUAAAAUCCAAUCCACUCCCAGCACCAGACACUCUUACACUUGCUAAGCCCAUAAUAUCCUUCUUGCCCCGCCUGCAUGUCCUGGUAAUUGGCCCAGGCCUUGGUCGGGAUCCAACAACGCAACAAAUAGUCAUCGAAGUCCUCAAGGAGGCUCGCUCUCGCCAAAUGCCCGUGGUCCUAGACGCGGAUGCCCUGCUUCUCAUCCAAGAGCAUCCAGAUCUCGUACGCGGCUAUCCAGAAUGUAUUCUGACACCUAACGUUAUCGAAUUUGCCCGGUUGGUGAAAGCUAUCGGUGUAGAUGUGUCAUCUGCAUCAACCAAUGAUGCGGGACAGUCAGAGGCCUGCAAGCGCUUGUCUAAUGCAUUGGGUGGUGUAACGAUUAUACAGAAAGGGGCUCAUGAUAUCAUUUCCAAUGGGAUUACUAGCAUCGUCUCUGAUGUGCGGGGCGGGUUGAAGAGGAGUGGCGGGCAGGGGGAUACGUUGACGGGAACUCUGGGAACGAUGCUUGCUUGGCGUAAAGCGUAUCAUGAGGGGUUGUGGGAUACGGGGGAAUCGGAGGCGGGGGAGAGGAAAGCAGAGCCAUACGAACACGAUAUUGAGAAAGAGCUUUUUCUCAGCGUGGACGGGUGUAGCGGUGGUAAUGGGAAAAGGAAAAAAUUGUCCCCACCCGCGACGCUUUUACUGGCUGCAUGGGCCGGGAGUGCUAUUACAAGGGAGUGUUCGAGGAAGGCGUUUGUAGCAAAAGGGAGGAGUAUGCAGGCUAGUGAUUUGACGGAUGAGGUUCAUGGGAGUUUUUUGGAUUUGAUUGGGGAGCCGGGGGGUCCGAAGUUAUGA